AUGAAUGUCCACUUCCAAGAUGUGCCUUUGACAAGUGGAGGUCUUCUUGGGGUCAUCUUGGCCCUGGUGCUGAGAUGGUGGAGGCUCACCGGCAAGCACACCCUCGUCCAUCAUGUUCUCAGCAUCACUGCUAUGUUUGUCGUGUUGGCCAGCUUCGUGGCCAGCGCAAGCCUUCAGCGUAGCGACCGGCGCAUGGUGGCGAACAGGAUCGGGAUCAUGGCGUCGUGCUUCCUGACCGCGCAUUGGUACAGAUUUCACACCUUCCUCGGCCUUCCAGGAUUUUCGAAGAUGUAUUCCCUUUUGGAGCAGAGAUUCCUUCUGCUCAUCAUGGCCAGCUACUUCUGUCUGAUGGAGGUCGACCGCAUCAGCUGCUUGUCCUGGGAGGAAGAGACCUCGCAGCUCCGGACAGGCUUCCGAGGCUCCAUCGCGCAUGCCACAUGCUCCAAGCCGGACGACGCCGUGCGGAUUCAUGCGGAGAUCGGCGCCCAAACAAACGACGUAGACUACGCCAUCCACGUGCUUCUGACUGCCGGGAUGUCCACGCCGACCCUUCGGGACGUCGCCCGUGCAGGUGUAUGGAUUCAGGACGCUGGUCAUGCGGAGAUCGCUGUCCCGGGGCUGGCAUUGGUGCCAUGUACCCUUAUUGCGACACUGAGGCUGUUCGCAACACUGAUACCCUUCAGUAGCUUGCAGUACAUGGCUUGGUACUACAUCGUGUUUCAGUGUCUUCCUAUACUCUGCAGGGCAUUUCUCAUUGUUGUCGUUUGUCGCAGUGCAACGGAUGAGCGCUGCUUCAUACUGAAGAUGAUCACCAAGCUGUGUGUUGUAUACCUCAUUUUCCUCUUCCCCAUCAUGGUCUCUAUGGAGUGGAGGAAAUCACAGGAUGCAGCGGGACCCAUACUGACUUUUGCAGAAGCUGGACUGUUCCUGGCCACGUGUGGCUUCUCCUUCCGCGGCAUGAGGGGUACGCUCUCCUUGCCUGGUGGCCGCUGCCUCUUACAGUUCUUCCUGACUCGAUCCUGUGAUCGGAAGGCCCUCCUGCCUGACUCAGAGAGUGACACCGACUCCCCUGCUUCUUCGCCUUCUUCAACGCCUUCUUGA